AUGAUCAUUAUUACAUUUCCAUAUCUUUAUAUAAUGUAUGGAAUAAUUAUUAGUUUAGUUUAUUUAACAAUUUUAUUAGCUCAAUAUUAUAAUUCAGAAAAAAUUUUACAUUAUCUAUGUUUAUUAUGUGCUAUUGAUGCUCUAUAUGUACCUAUUUUUUUAAAAUAUCACUCACCUUGGACUGAAUUCGCUGAUGGAUUAGUUAGCAUAUUUUCAGCAGUAACUGGAUUUUUAUUUGCUUUAAAAAUCCUUGAAAUUGCUUUUACAUAUGAGUGGUCACAACAAAAACAAAUAACAUUGAAACAGAUUAUUAUAGAUUUUUCAACAUUUCCAAAAUAUAAAUAUGAACCAGAACCAUCAUCAGUUAAAUUAAAAUCGAUUCGUCCGACAUUUUUAAAUCAUAUAAAUUAUCUUAUCAUUGGUACUGAUGAUGAACAACUUUCAGCUCGUCGACAAAAUAUUUUAAUUAUGUUUCGUGGGUUAUUUCAAUUGAUUUGUUUACAUAUUCUUCUUCAUUUUACACCUUAUUCAAUACUUCGUCUUCAUAGUCGAAAUGCAAAAUUAUUUUCUUUAACUCAUUUUCUAAUAUAUACACUUUAUGCUUUUAUAUUUUAUUUUGCUCUUGGUAUGGUACUUAAUAUAGUAUUUGGUUUAAUGGGUUUUAUUUGGAAUAUUCAUAUACGUUCAGUAUAUCCAGGUUAUCCAUUUUUACCAACAAGUCUUCAUGAUUUUUGGUCACGUCGAUGGAAUAUAUAUGUUAAAUCAAUUCUUCAUCGUAUUGCUUUUAUUGCUUUACCAAAAUUAACGGGUUUUAAUGAAAAAUCUAAUGCUCGAUUUAUAUCCGCUGGUUUGUUUGCAUUUUUUGUCUCGGGUCUUUUACAUGAAUUUAUGUAUACAGUAUCAAUGGAUCGAUGGUCUGGUGGAAAAAAUAUGCUUUUUUUUCUUAUUAAUGGAAUGUUCGUUGGAAUUGAACUUGUUUUUCAAGGACUUUUAAGACGAAAACAAUUAGUUCCACCAUAUUUUGGUUGGAUUUAUACAAUUGCUGCUUUAUAUUCAACAGCUCAUCUUUUUUGUGAUCCAUGGAUUGAAACCGAUUGUUUUGCUACAUUGAAAACAUAUUUGGGAUAA